UCUGGUCGGAUCUUGCUUUGUGGGAUGUGGAUUUUGGUGGGUCUUUGUUUGCAGUACAAAGCUAUUCAUCUCUUCUCUUCUCCUCUCCCUCUCCCUUUUUCCCUUCAGCUCCUCCCAAUUUCCAUUUCCAUUUCCAUUUCCAUUUCUCUCAAAAUUCUUCACCUUCUUCUUCUUCCUCUCUGUUAUGGGAUCUUCUGUUGCUGCAAUGGGUAUGGUUUCUGAAUCCAAAUUCCAUGUUCUCGCUGUCGAUGAUAGCCUCAUCGAUCGGAAAUUGAUCGAGCGGCUUCUCAAAACCUCCUCAUAUCAAGUCACUACGGUUGAUUCUGGGAGCAAGGCUUUGGAGUUUCUGGGGUUGCGAGGAGAUGACCCGGGAAACAACUCGAUUCCUUCUGUUUUCCCUAAUAAUCACCAUCAGAUGGUGGAUGUGAACCUUGUAAUCACAGAUUACUGUAUGCCUGAGAUGACUGGCUAUGAUUUGUUGAAGAAGAUCAAGGGGUCUAAAGCUCUGAGAAACAUACCUGUUGUGAUUAUGUCAUCUGAGAAUGUGCCUUCAAGAAUCAAUAGAUGUUUAGAAGAAGGAGCCGAAGAAUUCUUCUUGAAACCGGUCCGAUUAUCCGAUGUCAACAGGCUCAGACCCCACUUGUUGAAAACCAAACUCAAAUGUGACAAACCAGAAAGAAGAGAAGAGGAGUCUGAUUCAGAAAGCCAACCCCAAGCUCUAGAGCAACAACAGCCUCAACAACAACAACAUCCCGAACAAGAACAAUUACGAUCGCUACUGCAGCAGGUCCCGACACCAUCACAGGAUCAAGUUCAACCGCAACCCGUAUCGCUGCUGCCAACGCCACCACAGGAGCAAGAACAGUUGCAAUUACUCCCGCCAACGCCACCGCAACAAUCGAACAGCAACAAGAGGAAGGCAAUGGAAGAUGGACUCUCACCAGAUAGAACAAGGCCUAGAUACAAUGGUAUUACCACCAUGGUGUAGUUAAUAAUGGGAAAACUUCUUUUUUAUUUUUACUUCUAAUUUUUACAUUUUAUUUUAUUUUGAUUUCUUCCCAUCUUGAUGGCUGGUUAAUACAGGCUCUCAGUAGGAAUGUAGAGAUCAGAAUGGUUUUCCUGUAUACAUAUUUCAUGGAAAAUAUUCCCUUCCCAAUUUUGUCAAGCUAAUCAAAAUCAUGACAACAAGAAUGAAUAGAGCUGUAGAUUUUAUGCAUUGUCUUCUGUGACAUUACCAAAAUUCUUGUUUCUAA